AUGCCGAUUGGCAGCAUCCCAGAUCUUGAGAAGUCAUUUGAAAUCAAGAGUGAUGGCAAGUUCUUCUCAAGGCUUCUUUCAAAGGAAACCUCAAAAACCAACCCUUCAUUUAGGGUUUACUAUGGAGAUGUAUCUGGUACAGUGCCCUUCUCGUGGGAGACUUGCCCUGGGACCCCCAAACACCAAUCAUUCUACGACACCUCUUUAAUCCCUCCUGUUACACCCCCUCCUUACUAUUCCACCAACAUCAAUAAACCCAUAAAAAGGAACUCAAGAUCAAGACUUUUGCACACUUUACUCAGGAGAAUCAAUCCAAAGAAAGUUAACCAGUUUGAAAUGUCAUCAUCUUCUUCUUCAACGUCAUGGUCGACUUCAUCACACGAGACGUUUUCGCCUUCCUAUGUUUAUGAAAGACGAAGAUAA